GUGUUAAAUAGUUGUUAUUAUUUGCCUGGUGGUUUAAUAAUGUCGGCUAGACGGAAGGUUAAGUACAGGGAGGAAUAUACUGAACAGUUUCCAAGUAUAAAGCGAGGAAGAACUGAAUACGAAGCUUUCUGCAAAAUUUGCGGUUCCUACAUUUCAAUCAUUAAUGGAGGUAGACGUGAUAUUAACGACCAUGUGCAAUCGAAAAAGCAUGAGACGGCAGUGGGUUCAUCAUCUUCCAAACAGCUCACCAGCUUUUUCAAAACACAGACAGAUGGUAAUAAAGUAGCUGCAGCAGAAGCUGCAUUUGCAUUUCACUGUGUCAAGCACCAUCAUUCAUACAACUCAAAUUCUUGCACAUCAAAAAUUCUCUCCCACGUUUUUAGUGACUCGAAAGUUGCAGUAAACUUCUCCAGCGGCAAAACUAAAACAGAAGCCAGCGUUAAUAAAGUGAUAUCACCGUUCAUUGAAGACAGAACAAGGAACAGUCUAUCGAAGGCCAAUUAUGUUAGUAUUACCACUGAUACUAGCAACCACAAGUAUUUGAAAAUAUUUCCUGUUCUUGUGCAGUAUUUUGAUUAUGAUGAAGCUUAUGGGCAUGAGGACUCCUUAUUCCUCUUAUUUCCUUCGAUCGGCUACGGUGACCAUAAGUUUUGUCCUGGUUUUGGAUUCCGAGAUUAUGGCAAGCCUAAAUGUGGUGAUAAUUUCCGAGCAAAGCAAGCAUAUCAAAGCAUUUUCUUGGAAGCUGAAGACUUCAGUUUAUUGUGA